AUCCAUCACAUGUUUGCGCUUUUCGGCCGAGCCUUUACAGCGCACCAAUCAGCGUGCUUAUGGGCGGAGCUUCCUCAGAACGAGGUUUGGCAUGCAAGAUUUUUCCUGAAGUUCCUGGAUGAUUUUGUAGCACAUGAUCGGAAUAAGAACGUGCGCUUACUACAUCCUGUGAGACUGUGCUUGUGUGAAGGAACGUGGGAGCGGGUAGGAAUGACUGACGGGACCGCCAACAGCUGCAGCUUUGUCUGUUUUGUAGUCUGGUUGCUAUGGUCAGUUUCAUCUGCUUUUGCUAAAAUGGCUUUGGUACCUUAUGAUGACCAUACACUGAGUGGCCUAAAGAGGUUUCAUAAUUCCAGCACCACCUAUACUUUCUCCAACCACACUAUACAGAUCAAGCAGGACUGGAAAUCACUGGGAGUGGCAGCAGUUGUCUGGGAUGCAGCUGUUGUUCUCUGUAUGUAUUUAGAAGCUGGAGGAAUUAAUGUACAGGGACGUUCUGUUGUUGAAUUGGGUGCAGGAACUGGAUUGGUUGGAAUUGUGGCAGCAUUACUGGGUGCUGAUGUGACUGUGACUGAUAGAGACUUGGCAAUGGAAUUUCUCAAAUCUAAUGUUUAUGAUAAUCUUCCCAAAGAACAUGAGAAGAGGAUGUCUGUGAAACCCCUCAACUGGGGAACUGGACUUGAGCAUUUUCCUCAUUUUGAUGUAAUUCUUGGAGCAGAUAUAAUCUAUCUUGAAGAAACAUUCCAAGACCUUUUAAAGACUAUAAUCCACCUGAGUUCAGAGCACACUGUGAUUUUGUUGUCAUGUAGACUCCGAUAUCAGCGUGAUCACAACUUUCUAGAUAUGCUGAGAAAACAUUUUACUGUGGAUCAAGUCCAUUAUGACAGCAAUGUAGAUGUCUACAUCUACAGGGCACAGAAGACACAAAAAGAAGAGUUAUGACAGGCGUCUUUGAGCAAGGUUGCUCAAAGACACCUGAAUAUUUUUCUGGACUAUUUUAGAGCCCUACAUUGGGAUUGGGAUCCUGUAUGACCCAGCCCAAAAUCUGCGGGCGGUCAGGCACUAUGCCUGCGGGUCCCGCAUAUCCUACAGCAGCCCCAGUGACUCAGCGGCAGCCCCACCCUCAGAGUACAUUCUGCUACUCCUCCUAACUAUUUCAUCCCCCGCCGCCAACGUAGUGCCACCAUUUCAUCUAUGCCUGCGCCAUUCCAUCCCUUGCUCAGUCUGCCUGCCCUGGAGGAUCAGUCUGAGAUUUUACCCUCCACCUUGCUACCGCCCGGGCCCCCUACGGUAUGUAAAACAAUGCGAUCUACACAGCACACACUCACUGGAUGCUGUGCUGCGGCCCCGGUGGUCGGCGACUCUCCCAGGGCCUCCGUCCGUGUGUCUGCUGUCUGCUCUGCUAUACACGUGGGGGGUAUGUGCAGAGUAGACUGCAGACAGAGCAUUGCACCCUAGUGUCUUCUACAGACCUUAGGGUGCAAUUCUCUGCAGUCUGCACAUACCCCCCCAUGUGUAUAGCAGUGUGUGUGUGUGUAAAUUCCUAUAUAGGUGGGGGUAUGUGUACAGUGUGCUACAGACAAGGGUGCAAUGCUCUGCACAUACUCCCACCUGUGUAGGAAUUUACAUACACACACACACACACACUGCUGUACACAAGGGGGUAUGUGUAGACUGCAGAGCAUUACACGGUAGGGUCUUCUACAGACCCUAGGGUGCAAUGCUCUGCAGCCUGCAAAUACCCAAUGGGAGCAGUAACAAAGUAAAAAAAAAAUAACCCCUUCCCUAAUAAAAGCUUGAAUUCCACCCCCCCCCCCCCCCCCGUCUUUUCUAUUUUUUUAAAUAAAAUAAUGUAAAGAAAUAAAAUAAAAAAAUUAUGUGGUAUUGCCGCGUGCGUAAAUGUCUGAACUAUUAAAAAAUAUUGUUAAUUAAAUUGCACGGUCGAUGGCGUACACUUAAAAAAAAAAAAAAUACUGUCCAAAAUUGUGCAUUUUUGGGGACUUCAUAUGCCAUAAAAAUUAUUAUAAAAGGCUAUCAAAAAGUCCCAUUAAAACAAAAAUAAAUUAAAACUAUAGACCACGGUGCAAAAAAAUGAGCCCUCAUACAUCCCCGUAGGCCAGGUAUGUGCAGAGCAUUGCCUCAGUCUGUGACCCAGGGCCUCUGCGUCUGCAGUCACUGCUUUUCACAUCUGUACAUACACAAUGCUCUGCACGUACCCCCCAUGUAUAGCAGUGUGUGUACUACACACACCACUAUACAUGGGGAGUAUGUGCAGAACAUUGCACCCUAGUGUCUGUACAUUCCUAUGUUAGCGGGAGCGGGCGGGAUUGGGAAAACAUUUUUUGCGGGAGCGGGCGAGAAUGGAGCAAACGCCCACUGGGUGCGAGCGGGAUUGGUCAAAAAAGUAAUCAGGCGCGUGAUUGAAACGUCACACGGGGGCGGAGUCCUGACGUCACGGACUUCCGUUCCCGUAGUCACAACUCAGACCCUCCAGCACUUCCGGACAAAAACAGGUGGGUGCCGCAUGCAAUUCUGCGGGGGUCCCCAGCGGCGGGACCCCCGAGAUCAGACAUCUUAUCCCCUAUCCUUUGGGGAUAAGAUGUCUAGGGUUGAAGUACCCCUUUAAGGACCAGGCCAAUUUUUUAUAUUUUUUUUUGCCUUUUCGUUUUUUUCCUCCUUGCCUUCUAAAAAUCAUAACUUUCAGAUUUCUAUCCACAGUCCCAUAUGAGGGCUUGUAUUUUGCGUGACUUAUUUUACUUUGUAAUAACAUCACUCAUUUCACCAUUAAAUGUACGGCGCAACCAAAAAAUAUUAUUUAUGUGGGGAAAUUGAAAAGUAAACCGCAAUUUAACAAAUUUUGGAAGGUUUUGUUUUCACGGUCUACACUUUAUGGUAAAAAUGACGUUUUCUUUAUUCUGUGGGUCAAUAUGAUUAAAAUGAUACCCAUGUUAUAUGCUUAUAUAUAAGCUUGUACUGCUUUAAAAAAAAAAAAAAAUCUCAAACUUUUUUUUAACAGAAUUAGUAUGUUUUAAAUUGCCCUAUUUUCACUGCUUAUAACUUUAUAAUUUUUCCAUAUACGGGGGGUAUGAGGGCUCAUUUUUUGCGCAGUGAUCUGUAGUUUUUUCAUCAGUACAAGUUUUGCUUAUAUUUAACUUUUCAAUCACAAUUUUUAUUUUUAUUGGAAUAAAAUGUGCCAAAA